CGAAGCAAUCCGCGACGCCAUCAUGAGCCGAGUACUAUUCGAUCACAGGGCCAUGGCUGUCUCCCCCAAAUCGCUCGCCUCAAAAGGCAAGAACUUUGGCUGGACCGAGAAGGUCAAAGAAAAGCAGGUCGAGCAAUCCGAAGAGGAAGAUCCCGCAGACAAGAUGUGCCCCAUCUGCCACGAAGAGAUCGGCUCUCCCAGCUCAGAAGGCAUCGUCGAGACGUGGAGUGUUCUGCCGUGCGGGCACAUGUUUGGGAGCCACUGCAUCAAGCACUACAUCCAGAUGGUGGCCUACGACCGACCGCAAUGCCCCAUCUGCCGAUACUCGCUCGUCCACGGCUGUGGACACCCCGUCCUGCCCGCCUUGUUCGUCACUGAGGGCCACAACGCCGCCAAGGUCAACAAAGCGACGAUCCGAGCCCUCGCCAUGACAUCCAUGCAAUACAACUGCGCAUAUUGUACGGAAAUGAUCGCUAGGGGGCAUAGGGUGGUGGCUGCGAGACACGGCAGAAAACGACAAGGCACAUCGAAAUGGAAGCUUUUGUUGAAGAAGAUUUUCAGUUCACCACUAGCGAUAGACAGGUGGAGCGAUCUAGAGUCGGACAGGGCUCUUGGUGAUCAACCUAGUGUAGUGGAAAUCCCCACCUUCCGUCAAUGGCGGCAUCUUAACAUACACAAACUUGUAGCCGCCCUCAACACUUUAGAAAAGAUCGCCUGGGUUCGGCUCGAUGAUGAUACAGUCAGGUUUACCGUCAUCCCCGACACCGGGUCGCAGGUGUGGGCCUCCCUCUCCGUCGACACCAUCUUCGACAGCUACCACAUCCAAUCCAACGAAGCCAACAACACCAUCAACCUGGAGCUUCCCCUCGGCCCGCUCCAACGAGCUCUCAAAUCCGCCCUCAACAGCAACCACGCUAGCUUGCGUCUCACCAAGCGCGACGGCAUCCCCAUGCUUUCCAUGACCAUCCACACCAUGACCAAGGACGCUCCAUCCGCCGCCCGUCGAAACAAGAAUAACAGCAGCAACAACAACAACAACAACAACAACAACAACGACGACCAAAUGGGCAGCUACAAUGACGACAAUGACCCUUUCGCCGAAAACUCCCUCUACCCACAAGAAUCGCUCGAACUAACCAUGAAACGCGAGCGCGAAAAGGUCAUCACGCAAGACAUCCCCGUGCGGGUCCUGCACCCGGACACAGUCGAGACCAUCAUGCAGCCGAAAGUGCGGGAGCCAGACGUGCACAUCAUGUUUCCUCCCUUGUUACAACUCAAGGCGAUUUCGGACCGGUUCACCAAGCUAGCCAUCACUACAGCUGCCUCCUCUUCGUCCUCUAGUAGACGCGAAGCACAGAACCCCAAACUAGAACUCUCAGCCAACAUGCACGGCUCUUUGCGUCUCCGGUUAAUAGCCGAUACCCUGGACAUUACGAGUGUCUGGGACAGCUGUCUUGAGAAUCCCGAACUGGACCCGGCGGUGCUGACGAUACCGAUUGAGGAGCAUCCGAGCACGAAAUACAGGGAGGCCGGGCCGGAUAAGUGGGCGACGGUCAGGGUGGAUGGGAAGGAUUGGUCAAGGGUGUUGAGUGUGGGCAGGCUGGAGGCGAGCAGGGUGAUUGCGUGCUUUACGCACGAGCAUGCGCUCAUAUUGUAUGUCUAUGUAAGGAGGGCGGAUGAUGAUUAUCCGGGGGUGGGGGCCGGAAGGGGAGGGGAUGAUGGAGAUGAUGUUGUUACUUACUACGUUUCAUCUAUCAACACGUAAUCCUUUCAGAAAAAGGUCUACUUGUUAUUAUUAUACCUGACUGAAGAUUUGGUUUUCACAUGGCGUUAUGGAAGGGAUACGGGAAGGGACACAGGCAGGCUAUACGAGGCUUGCCAUCUUGAGGUUACAAGCCUGGAGUUGCAAUAGAGGACAGUCGCACGAUUCACUGCGUCAUGCACGAUGCUAUGCAUAUAAAUGGAGAACAAACGUAGGC